AUGAACUCGUUCCUUACACGGAUAUCUAGAGGCAGUUCCUGUUACCGCACUCCGCAGUCUUUGUCCCAUCCGCGAGUAACUGCAGAAUCCCCACACAUUUCCCGCGUAUCCCGCCCGACCGAGCUCACAGGAACCCUCGCCGCCUGUUUAAAUGAGUUGCAAGCGACACUUCAGUCAGUGAAUGCAGGCGAACGCUUGAGUCCGAAUUUGGAUGAUAGCGCAGUGCCGUUGUCAGCGGGACAAACGCCAUCAACGCGAAUUCCAUCCGAGGCAGACGACCCCAGUCCCAGUCGUGAGACAGCCGAGGUCGAGGAUGCUGCAACAAUAUUGGAAUUCUUGGCAUGGGGUCGGAGGAAAGUCCCUGAUUUCGACGGUCUAGCUGGGGAUCAAAACGGGAUUCAGGGACAGUCUCCUGGAGAUGUAUCUCAACCUGGAGGUCCUGCUGAUCAUCCUCAGUUGCGUUUGACUGAUGACCAGUCUUCACUUCCAGUCUUACAGCUCUUACUUCCCGAGCCGCCAACUUUACUUCGGAUGGUAAACUACCACUGCGAGUGUCUUUUAUGGUACCAUGCAUCGUUCCAUGGACGCGUAUUUCAACAAGAGGUUGAUACCUUCCUCAAACGAUAUCACGGUCAUAUCGAAACCAACCAAAUCGAUCUCCAGUGGGUUGCGCUUCUCUUCGCCGUCCUCGCAGGAAGCAUAACAUGUGCACCGCGCCCAACAGCUGUUUCAUGGGGAUUCGAAGACCCAGAGCGUGCAACGCUGGCUCACCGAUUCUUCAAGGCUGCAUUAGUCUGUCUGAAUCUUGCAGAUUACACUGCUCGUCACUCUUUAUACGGAAUCCAAUGUAUCACGACUAUGACCAUAAGCGCGCAUUUGCUCGGCCAUUCAAAUAGUCAUUCCGUCAAACUAGCAUCCGUUGUGCGGGUUGCACAAAGUCUAGGAAUGCACCGACUUGGCUCCGAAGCCGAUGACGAUACAUCAAAUAGAGCACGAAGAGAGAUCGGCCGGCGGCUCUGGGCAGAGCUUUGUAUCCAAGAUUGGUUCUCGAUACCAUUUUCAGAAAGCUAUCUCAUUCAUCGAAGGGACUUUAAUACAGGCAAGCCUAUGAACAGCAUGGAUGAUGGCGAUAUGAGACCAGCCCCUGAUAACGAGCCUACCCCUGUUACUUACCAUCGUUUUCUGUAUGACAUCGCAACCCUCAUGCCCCAGCUUCAGGAUGAUAUAUCUGCGUCGCACACACUAUAUGCCAAAUAUGAGCAUGUCAUUCGGUACGAUAAGCAAAUGCGCUCGCUUGUUAGCAAGGAUGUUCCCUCAUGUCUUCGCAACACCGCCAUUGACCCCUCUUGGCCUCGAUAUAUACCCUGGGCACGCCAUUGUCUGACAAUCAGCUCCGCGCACAAAAUUAUCAUGAUUCAUCGCAAGUUCCUUUGGUCCAGUUUUACAAAUUCGGCAUUUAACUUUACUCGCAAAACGUGUAUUGCGGCGGCUAAAACUAUAAUUCGGGAGCAGAAACAACUGACCAAGGAGAACGGACCAACACUGUGGAUUUAUCACGCAUUUAGCGUUGCAGCUAGUAUCAUACUUUGCUUGGAUCUUUUUUUCGAUCCACUUCCUGACUCUGACCAACGAGAUAACCGCGCGCUGGCUAACGACACAAUUGAGAUUUUGUCCCAAAGCGAUACAAGUAUGAUUGCUGCUAGGGGCGUUAAGAUACUGCGCCUGUUGCUUCAGUUUGAGCAGGACCGAGGGAAAUUAUCAUCUUCGUGGGAUAUCCGCGGUCUUGUCCAGUCUUUCUGUGACCAAGAGGUAUCAGUGGGUCGUGCAAGUAAAUCGCAACCAGCUGAUAAUAUGCCUCCCACCGAAGCACACUCGCCACUUUCAUCAAUGCAGCUGCCGAGUUUCCCGCCGCAAGAGUCUCACUCUGAAGAGUUGUAUAUUUACUGA